AUGCCGCAGGAGAACAAAAAGCGCGGCCGGCGCAUGAAGCGCAAGCACGAGGACGAAGAUGGUCAACCUGCACCGGACGAGGCCAGCAAACGACGCAAGUCUUCCGAGUACGACGGCCAUGUCAACUACAUGCCUCUUGGCGGCCAUGAUGAAUCCGUCGAUGCCGCAUAUCCUCACGGCGACAGACCAUUCUUCGGCAUGCUGGAUAUGGAUGAACAGGAGUACUUCAAGCGGGCCGAUGACAUGCUCGAAGCGAAUUCAUUUGGCGAACAAGAGGAGCGUGAUCUCUUUCUUGCAAAUGUGUAUCGUGAGGCUGAAGGCAAGGAGUUGAAGAUUGCCCAGAGCCAAUCGUGUUCUCGUCUCAUGGAGCGUCUGAUCCAGCUUUCGACACCUGCGCAAAUGAAGAAGCUGUUCCAAGCCUUCAGUGGGAAUUUCAUCCACCUAAUAUCUCACCGAUUCGCAUCGCACUGCUGCGAAGCACUCUUCCUUCGAGCCGCGCCUAUAGUCAGUGAAGAACUGGUUGCAUCGGCUCCAAAGACGACGGACAAUGUCGAUGAGAUCUAUGUGUCGAUGGAGAACCUCUUUCUGCACACUCUUGCCGAGCUCGAGGGCAGCAUAGGCUUCCUCAUGACAGAUCAGUUUGGGUCGCAUGCUCUACGAGUCCUGUUGCUUGUCCUCUCCGGUGACCCCCUCGAUGCGCAGGCCAACAACAAGCUAUUACAAAGCAAGAGGAAGGAAGCCAUCACCGUGCAGGGCAGCGAACAAGCGGACGGUCAGUCAAAGUCGCGGAACGUGCCCAAGUCCUUUGCCGACGCACUCGAGAAGUUGCUUGCGGAUAGUGUGGCUGGACUUGAUACGGAGCAACUUCGAGGUCUGUCGACCCACGCCAAUGCUAACCCGACGCUGCAGCUUCUGCUGAAGCUUGAGCUCACGCACUUUGGCAAGCAACGAGCCAAGAACGAGACUUCGAUCAUUCGAACUCUACUACCAGAUGACCCCAUCACGGCCGACAGCGGUAGUGCGGCUUUCAUCAACGGACUGGUAUACGACUCUAUUGGCUCUCAUCUUGUAGAGCAAAUCGUGCAACAUGCUCCAGGCAAAAUGUUCAAGAGUCUGAACAAGGAGUUCUUCAAGGAUAGACUCGACUCUCUGGCUCGCAACGAGACUGCUGGAUAUGUCGCGUGUCGCGUCCUGGAACGCAUGAGCAAGGACGAUUUAUACGAGGCACACGAGAAGCUGAUUCCGGCUAUACCAGACCUGCUGGAGCGAAACCGCACACUGGUGCUCAGGACACUUGUUGAACGCUGCGCGGUGCGUGACAUCGAUACCCAAGCCAUUGCUGCACAAUUAGAUGCAACACUCUGCGACGACAAUGGCUUCGACGUGAAGAAAUUGUUAAAGCUUGAGAACAGCCCGGCAGUCAACGGCCAUAACGAUGGCACGCCACACGAUAGUGUGCAGAGCAGCGGGAGCGAGCCGUCUGAGACUGUCUCUAGACCGGCACAGUCUGUCAAAGUCCACUUCAAUCUACUCGCCCAAGCCAUGCUAAGAGUACCGGGCCCACUCAGCGGUCUAGUCCUUGACUCACUAAUCAACCUGACUCCUCAGCUGCUGCUGCAGAUGGUAAAAGAUACCAUCAUCUGCCGCACAAUCCAAGCCGUCAUCGCAUCGAAAAACAGCUCCAUCAUCCAAAAACGCAAACUGGUCCAGCACUUCUACGGAAGCAUCGGUGACAUGGCCGUCGACAAGUCCGCCUCGCACGUGGUCGACUCCAUAUGGAAUGGCACGCACGGCCUAGCGUUCAUCCGGGAACGUAUCGCGGAAGAGCUGGCGGAGAACGAGGCGGAGAUCCGCGACUCACAGUGCGGUCGUGCAGUGUGGAAGAAUUGGAAGAUGGAUUUGUAUAAAAGGCGGCGACAGGAUUGGAUCCGGCAGAGCAAGGAGAAGGCGAGUAAUGAUGGGUUUCAGAGUUUUGCCGAGCUGGACAAGGUGAAGAAGGAGGGUCAGCCGCCUGCUCAGGCCAAGACUCCUUUACAGCUGGCGAGAGAAAGGCAUGCGAAGAAAGCUGAGGAUAAGGCUGCGAAGGAGAGGAGUCGGUCGUCCGUCAGGACUAAUGGGAACGGGCCUGCUGCUGGGUCGGCUUCGGCAGCAUCUGCUACGGCUACAGCAUCGGGAUGA